GGGCAACGAUGACGUGAAUUUGAAAACAUGGCUGUAGAAACAGAUGGAAAAUGUACACUGAAAGGUUGAGGGGCUGUUAACUGUGCAUAGUCAAAGCUCGGGCAACAACAGGCGAAGAAAUAUAGAGGUGAAAAGCUCAGUUGAAGAGUUUCACCAGCUGCUCGUUCGCGGCACGAGCGCGCGACCAAAAGUGAAGAAUGAGCCAGUGGCACCAGGUGCAGCAGUUACAGGGCAGGCUGCUGGAGCAGGUGAGCGGCCUCUACGAUGACAACUUCCCCAUGGAGAUCCGACACACGUUCGCACCGUGGAUCGAGAGCCAGGACUGGGACACGGCCAUGGGCCACGAGUCGAUGGCUGCCGUUCUGCUCAGCAUCCUCCUGUCACAGGUUGACGACUGCUGCAGCCAGGAGCAGAACUUCCUGCAGAAGCACAGCCUGAAGAGGAUACACCAGCAGCUGCAGGGGAAGUUCCAAGCCAACCCGCUGCACAUGGCUGGCGUCAUCGCCGACUGCCUGAGAGAGGAGAGACGCAUUCUUUCCUCCGCCAGCUUCCUGGAGCAGGAGCCGACUGAGGAGUCCAUGGAGAGCUUUGCGAGCUCAGAGAGUCACAGGAACAUGGACGCCAGGGUGUCAGCCAUCAGGGGUCGUGUGCAGGUGAUUGAUCAGAUGGUGAAGGACCUGGAGCACAUGCAGGAAGACUUUGAAUACCGAUACAAAACCCUUAAGUCUUACAGUCCCUCUGCAUCCACCGAUGAGUUUGUCAAGCGUGAAGUCGAGACGUUCAACUAUAUACUCAAAGUUCUGGACUUCAAGCGCAAGGAGAUCCUGACCACUGUGGGAGAAGUGAUCACCGAGGUUGACAUGCUGAUGGGGUCCCAGCUGGAGCCUGAGCUCAAGGCCUGGAAGCGACGACAACAGAUUGCCUGCAUUGGCGGCCCGGAGCUGACCAGUGUGGACCAGCUACAGUGCUGGUUCACAUUGACAGUGCAGAGUCUCUUUCUGAUCAAGAGACAGUUGGACAAGCUGGAGCAGCUCUUCCUGAUAGUUACAUACGAGACUGACCCCAUCCCUCAGCAGAAACCUCUCUUGGAAGAUCAUAUGAAACGCCUUAUCUCUCACCUGGUGAAAAUGUCCUUUGUGGUGGAGAAACAGCCUUGCACACUGAACUAUCCUCAUAAGCCUCUUGUGAUAAAAACUGGGAUAUACUUCAGCACCAGACUCAGAUUGCUGCUUAAACUUCCAGAGGUGGACUAUCAGCUUAAAGUGAAGACAGCCUUUGACAAGAAUGUGUCAGGUGGCACACUGCAUCGGCAAUUUGAGAUAUUAAACAACAAUCCCAAACAGAUGGACAUUGAUGAGUCAUCCAAUGGCUGCCUUGCAGUGGAGUUCAGACACCUGCAAUUAAAGGACAAGAAAGGCAGCAGCACUUCAAAGAACGAGGGCUCUCUUACAGUAACGGAGGAUCUCCACAUCCUCACGUUCCAGGCCAGGCUCUGUCUUCAGGGCCUUAGCAUCGACCUGGAGACCUCCACCUUGCCCUUGGUGGUCAUCUCAAACAUCAUCCAGCUCCCUGCAGGCUGGGCCUCAGUUAUGUGGUACAACCUUCUGACAGAUGAGCCCAAGAACCUGUCCUUUUUCAACAACCCUCCAUGUGCCAAUUGGUCCCAGCUGGCCAAGAUGCUGAGCUGGCAGUUCUCUACAAUUACUGGCCGCAGUCUCACCACGGAACAGCUUGAAAUGCUGGGAGAAAAACUCUUGGGUGAUCACGCCCUCCAGAGUGAGAGCCAGGUGUAUUGGUCCAGGUUCUGCAAGGAAAACAUUCCUGGAAAGACCUUCAGUUUCUGGCUGUGGCUGGACUCCAUCCUGGAACUCAUCAAGAAAUGCCUACAGCCUGUGUGGAUCGAUGGGUGCAUCCUGGGCUUCGUGAGCAAGGCCCGUGAACGGGCUCUACUGAAGGACAAGGCCCCGGGCACCUUCUUGUUGCGCUUCAGCGAGAGCCAUCUAGGGGGGAUCACUUUCACCUGGGUGGAGCAGGACUAUAACGGGGAAAAAAGUUUUAGCUCUGUGGAGCCCUACACCAAGAACCAUCUCAACAUGCUGCCUUUUGCCGACAUCAUUCGCGACUACAAGGUUCUCACUGAUGGCAACGUGCCAGAAAGUCCAUUGAAGUUUCUCUACCCGGACAUCCCCAAGGACAAAGCAUUUGGGAAGCAUUACAAUCGUCUGCAUACAAAAGCCUUUCCGUACAUCCCUCUGCACUUUCUUCCCAUCUCUAUGCGGCAGCUCUCCGCUGCAUCUCCCCAGACACCCCCAAAGAUACCCCUGUUCGACCUGCCCUUCAGCCCAAACCCGAGUGACCUUGAAGAGACUUUUGAUCCUCAAAUUUUAGAGGAAAUCCUGUACUCGAUCUCCGUUCCAAACAGUUUGAAUGCCACUUAAGUGAGUAGAGCUUUGCGUGCUGUGUGAACCAAGAACAGCUGCUACUGUAAAACCUGCCCAUCUUCAGUGUGGAAUUAAGCCACUGCUGGAGUUAGUUCCUAACAAAUGUAUUUCUGCUAUUAUGAUUUCAAAUACAUAACUUCAGAACAGUACAUAAGUUGCUAAAAACUGUGAAACCUCAAAAAAAGUGGAUGUAUUAAGUAACCGUUUCACAGAGAUCAGCAUUAGAUUAGAAUAAUUACCAUUCUAUAUAUAUAUGGGCAUAUAUUUAUAUAUAUCUGUAUAAACACAGGUUUUGAUUCAGUUUUUUUGUUGGGUAGCGAAUGGGAUUUUUAAUCUACCUGAAGAGUGAAUACCAGUUCUAUUAAGACUUUAUGCAGAAAACCAGUUUUAGCUGAUGCCUUUAUCUAAGGCAUCUUACAGUUAUUCACCCAUUUAUACAGCAGGGUAUUCAUAAGUAUUAUGCUCAAAAGCAAAGCGCACACACUGUCUAAACCGCUUGUCCCAUAUGGGGCGCGGGGAGCUGGAGCCUAACCCAGCAACAC